AUGGGUUCUAAAACGCACAUUUUUGGCGUAGCAGCCAUCAUCUUCUCCACCGCUGCUGCCCAGUCAUACCCUAAUCAUGCCCGAAUCCAUGCGCGAAGCUAUGGCCAGCUACAGCAGAGGGACGCACUGCCUAUGACCUGCGCAUGUCCUGCUGAUGGCAUUCUAACAUCUACUACGCCUGCUGCCUCGGUUAUCACGGUAACUGAAACCGAGACACAGAAUGCACCCUCCAUGCCAACGUCGACAGUCUUUGUCACGAUUUCGCCAUCGGGUUUCGUAAGCACUGUGACUCUUCAUAUCUCAGACGCCACCACUAUCCCGACCGAGACCAUCACCAUCACUGAGAGGGAGGACAUCUCUACCGUGCGGCCUUCCGUUAUCACCGUUACUGCGACCCAGUCGCCGCCAGGCAACAACUAUCAUGUCAUUACCGUCACGGCAACUCAAGAGGUUCAACUCCCAGUGACGCAGAUGCCCAGCAAAACAGACGGUGAUCUAGGUGUCUCAACGGACAACUCUACUCCCGUGGAGACAUACGACGCCUCGAGCAGCCCUCCAACCACGGCAUCCUCCACCGUUCCUGACAACUAUUAUUACUGUCAUAGCCGUACAUGCUACAACACCCGCGGCGACGUCGUCACAACUCUGGCCCCCAUGACCACUGACAUACCGGGCUGCAGCGCUGAUGCUGUCUCUGUCGUGAUGGAGACUGUGUACAACACCGUCACACAAACCGUUUAUGGUCUACCAACUGGAGGUGCUGGUAACUCAACUGGGCCUGGCUCGGGAUCUGACACCAACUCGACGACCACAUUGCUGCGCCGUGGGGCACGUGUUUCUAGUGGACUUUUCGGGAAGCUGAGAGGCUAUUAUCAGUGA